AUGCCGCGGCGGCUGGCCUGGCUGUGCUGCUGCUGGGCGCUGCUGAGCGGCGCCUGCCGCCCCGCCGAGCCCGCGCUGCCUGCGGAGGGCGGGGAGCCACCGCCGCCCGCCGCCGCCGCCUCGGGCUUCCUCUACCGGCGGCUGAAGUCGCACGAGAAGCGGGAGAUGCAGCGGGAGAUCCUGUCGGUGCUGGGGCUGCCCCACCGCCCCCGGCCGCUGCCGCGGGAGGCGCCGGCUCCGCCGCCGGGACGGCUGACGGCGGCACCGCGCUUCAUGCUGGACCUCUACCACUCCCUGGCCGAGGGCGCGGAGGGCAGCGCGGGCGCGGAGCGGGGCGGCCGCCCGGCGCCCCCCGCCCCGCCGCCGCUGCCCAGCCCGCAGGACAGCGCCUUCCUCAACGACGCCGACAUGGUCAUGAGCUUCGUCAACCUGGGGAAUUCCUGUGAAGCUCAAAUGUCUUAGCUGGUCGGCUGAAGACCGCCUUUUCACCAGUGCUGCCAGAGCUGUGUGGCAGAAUGACACCACCUGCGAACAGCUUGACUCGUUUUAAAAAAAACCCAAUUUGUUGUGUGUUUACUCAUUUGGAGCAGGGAUAUGCUAUUGUAGUAGGAAAUUUCUUUGAGCUCC